AUGAGUAACGGUAGCCGUGGCGAAUCGUCUGCGACAGGUGGCGACGACGCGAUAGCUGUCGCACGGCAUGUCGCACGGCAGCUGCUGGACUGCUACGGCCCGGCCGGGUGCGGCAUAGUGGCGAUUAAAGACGUGCCGCAUGUGGAGGCGGUGCGACUGCAGUUGCUGCCUCUAGCGCGGCGACUCGCACUCAUGCACCCGUCAUGCCGAAACGCUUUCCUGCGGGAGCACGGAGUGGGUUCCGACCUGCCUCUCUCCAACCCCAAGCGCCCUGUCUCCUCCUUCUUUAUCAACGUGCCUCUGCCCUCUCGUCCUCUUCCUCCUCGCAGCACAGCGGCUGCUGCAGAGAGCAAGAGAGGCAUGCAGAGCGGCCAUGGGGCCGGUUUUCGGCCGCGCGUGGCACAGACAACGACAACGCGCCCUGAACAGCACCCCACAGCAACACCAACAAACAAUACUUGCACGGCACUGCCUUCAGCAUCACAACAACCAUCACAAGCAUCAUCACAACAAUCACCAUCACCAUCACCACCAUUAUCGUCUGACUGUCCUCCGCAACUUGAUCAUCCACUAACUUCCCUCCUCCCUUCUCUGCUGCAGCCUCCUUCCCACGGCAUGUGCGCCAUCCCCACCGCCACCUCCCCUCCGCUCUCUCUCCUGCGCCCGCUCAUGCUCCGCCUGGCCUCGCACGCCUCUCAUGCCGCACUGCUCGUCGCUCUGCUGUGUGACGCCGCUCUCAACCACUCCCUCCCGCCCUGCCCGCCCUGCGCGUCCAGCCUGCCAUGCCCGCACUCACUCGUCCUCCCUCGCGCACGCGUGGCAGGGAAGCGAGCAGCAGGCAGCAACCCGCCCUCUGCUGCUGCUUCUGUUCCUGGCUCUGCUGCACUGCCCGCAGGCCAAGGUGCGGUUUGCUGUGCAUGCAGCAGCAGUGAUGGUGGUGCUGCUGGAUGUGGCUUUGAGAGUGAGCCAAGGUGGGGGGCAGAGCAGCAGCAGCAUGAGGAGGAGCAGCAGGAGAGAGGGGAGGUGCGUCUGGUGGAGGCGAUGGUCGGGGGCACAGGCAAGGCGCGGCUGAUUCACUACCAUGCAUGGGGGGAACUGGAGUGGGAGGGUGGUGGAGUGGAGCAGAGAGGGAGGAGGCGGAAGGGAAGGCGGGGCGGGGAUGAGAGUGGGUGCGGGCAGGUGGGGCAAGUUGGGCUGUGGCCUGUGCAAGGCCCUUCACGCGCCUCCAUCCCAUGCAGCUCGUCUCUCCCAUCCCACGUGCCCCUGUGGCAGCAGUGGCACUACGACUACGGCCUGUUCACUGCCCUUGUUGCGCCCCUCUAUGUGCCUGCUGCCUCCCCUUCUGACUUCCACCUCGCCUGCCCUCUCGCCACUGCCUCCCUGGCGUCCUCCUCUGACCUGUGGGCGAGGCAGCUCAGGUGCUGUCAGGGGGUCGCCUCAGAGCUGCUGUGCACUGCGUGGUGCGACCAGGAGGGUGGGGUGACGCUGCUGGGGGAGAAGCAGAAGCAGGAGGGGCAGGGGCUGCAGCAGCAGGAGGGGCAGGCGAGGCGCUGA